AGGUAGCUCCCACCUCGUUUGUCUGCUCAACCCCCCAAACAACAACUUGUAACCCAAGAGUUAGCAAUCGCUACUCCUGGACUACAUCAGAAACUGGACUAUACAAUUGCUGCUGUUGAUGCUAAAACAUGAGGAGGACUCUUCAAAAUUCAUAGCAGUUGCAGUCUAUACUUGGCUGUUGUACAAACAGCACUGCUGGUUAGCAGUCAGCUGUGCUAUUAGAUAGGGUUGGGUACAAAUUUGCAACACAUUCAGAUAAAAACAGAUGAAGCUCUGUAUUGAUUUUUAAUUGGCUCAUUGGCGAUGAGUAAAACUACAAAAUUCACAGUCAGUUUUUUAUAUUCUGUGCCUAAAGUUGACGCAGUCGCAAUAUAUACACAGUAAUUCUAAGUGACAGAUUUCAUUAAGAUAAAUGUGCAGUGAUUUCUCAAAAUUACUCCCAAGAUUUCUAUACACCAUGUUAAUUCUUCAGCUUACUUUAAAUCUGCUCUGUUCAACACAUCUAAUUCAAAUUGGGCACCUGUAUUGGCCUUCCACAGGUACAGUAACCUAAUUGCUACUAAAUUAAUAUUAUGCCAUUUUCAUGUAAGUUUUCCUAAUUGUUUGACUCUUCUUGAUAUAGAAGGCUGACCACCUGAUGUGUCACCUGCUUUGUCAGUGGAAUGUACAAAGGAGUAUUAUGGUGUGACGAAAGAUUCGACUUCCAAGCUACAUUUUUACAGUGCUUGGCAAAACAUGUGCCAAAUAUUUACUCAGCUGAGAUGGACCCCCUGCUGGAGAAACAAGAAGAAAUGGUUCAGGCAGCAAUACUCUACCCCCUGGAACGUUACUUGUUUGGGGAAGACCCAGAUACAUUUCUAGAGAAACUACAACAGAGUGAAACCUCACAGCUCUGUGGGAAGGUGUUCAAAGGAGGGGAGACAACAUAUUCUUGCAGAGACUGUGCAGUUGAUCCAACUUGUGUACUCUGUAUGGACUGCUUUCAGAACAGCAUUCACAAGAACCACCGGUACAAGAUGCAUAGUUCCACUGGAGGUGGAUUUUGUGACUGUGGGGAUACAGAGGCAUGGAAGGCUGGACCAGUGUGUACUAAGCAUGAGCCUGGAGCAUCAGGUUCUCCAAAAGAAAACUCUGAAUGUCAGUUAAAUGAAGAAGUUAUGGAACACUCUAGGAGGGUGUUUCCAUCCGUGAUAAAAUACAUUGUAGAUAUGCUUAUAUGGGAAGAAGAGAAGGAACUGCCUCCGGAGCUCACAAUUAGUAGAGAGAAGGUAGACAGCUACUACUGUGUCCUUUUCAAUGAUGAACAUCAUUCUUAUGAUCACGUCAUCUAUAGCCUUCAAAGAGCACUUGGCUGUGAACUUGGUGAAGCCCAGUUGCAUACUACUGCCAUAGAUAAAGAGGGUCGGAGAGCUGUUAAAGCAGGACGUUAUGCCUCUUGUCAGGAAGCAAAAGAAGAAAUCAAGAGGCAUUCUGAAAAUGUUUCUCAGCGACCACUUCAUGUGGAGGUUCUGCAUGCUGAUGUUAUGGCUCACCAGAAGUUUGCCUUGCGCCUUGGCUCUUGGCUGAAUAAACUCAUGAGCUAUUCAAGUGACUUUCGACAGAUCUUUUGUCAAAUAUGUCUCAAAGAAGAAACUGGAUCUGGAAAGCCGUGCUCCAUAAGCAAGUUGAUGCUUUGGGAUGCAAAACUUCAUAAAGGGGCAAGGAAGGUUCUUCAUGAACUUAUCUUCAGUAGUUUUUUCAUGGAAAUGGAAUACAAAAAACACUUUGCUGUGGAAUUUGUAAAGUAUUACAAAGCAUUGCAGAAAGAAUACAUCAGUGAUGAUCAUGACAGAGUUCUCUCUGUGACAGCACUCUCAGUUCAGAUGUUCACUGUACCUACUCUGGCCCGCCAUCUUAUUGAAGAGCAAAGCGUAAUUACCACUAUUACAGAGACACUCCUAGAAGUCCUUCCAGAGUAUCUAGACAAAAAUGACAAGUUCAACUUCCAAGGUUACAGCCUGGACAAACUGAACCGGGUAUAUGCAGUAAUAUAUGACCUAAGGUAUGUCUUAAUCAGCAAACCUACAGUAUGGACAGACCGUCUGAGAGAGCGAUUUUUAGAAGGAUUUGUUUCUUUCCUAAGGAUUUUAACUUGCAUGCAGGGAAUGGAGGAGAUAAAAAGACAGAUUGGUCAGCAUAUAGAGGUGGACCCUGACUGGGAAGCAGCCAUUGCUAUACAGAUGCAGCUAAAGAACAUUCUCUUGAUGUUCCAAGAAUGGUGUGCCUGUGAUGAAGAGCUGUUGCUGAGGGCCUACAAAGAAUGUCAUAAGUCUGUGAUGAGGUGCAGCACAAACAGCAGCCGCUUACGGGAAAAGACGGCGUUUCACUUGUGUGGCCAUACUCUGGAGAGCAGACCUUACAGAGUGUCCUUAGAUCCUGUCAGCAUACAUUUACCGCUGUCUAGGACACUUGCAGGUCUUCAUGUACGAUUAAGCAAGACUGGAAGAAUAUCAAGAUUACAUGAAUUUGUUUCUCCUGAAGAAUUUCAGGUGGACCUGCUAGUAGAAUAUCCUUUGCGAUGUCUUGUUUUGGUUGCUCAGGUAGCUGCAGAGAUGUGGAGAAGGAAUGGACUCUCUCUGAUAAGCCAGGUAUUCUAUUAUCAAGAUGUUAAAUGCAGAGAAGAGAUGUAUGAUAAAGAUAUCAUCAUGCUCCAGAUUGGUGCAUCUCUUAUGGAUCCAAAUCAUUUCCUGUUGCUCAUACUGCAGAGGUAUGAGCUUGCUGAUGCAUUCAGAAGGAUCAAACCCACCAAAGAUCAGGAAUUGAUUAAGCAAUGUAACGUACUAAUAGAAGAGAUGCUUCAGAUUCUCAUCUAUGUUGUGGGAGAAAGAUAUGUACCUGGAGUGAGUAAUGUGACAAAGGAAGAUGUUGUUAUGAGAGAAAUCAUCCAUCUACUAUGUAUUGAGCCGAUGGCGCAUAGUGCAAUUACCAAGUCCUUGCCUGAAAACGAGAACAAUGAAACUGGCUUGGAGAAUGUAAUUGAUAAAGUGGCUACAUUUAAGAAACCAGGAGUGUCUGGCCAUGGAGUUUACGAACUGAAAGACGAAUGCUUGAAAGAGUUCAAUAUGUUCUUUUAUCACUAUACUAAGACUCAGCACAGUAAGGCUGAACAUACACAAAAGAAAAGAAGAAAACAAGAAAACAGAGACGAAGCAUUGCCACCACCUCCUCCUCCAGACUUCUGUCCUGCAUUCAGUAAUGUGGUGAGGCUUUUGAACUGUGAUGUUAUGAUGCACAUACUGCGGACCAUCCUUCAGAGAGCAGUAGAACUUGAAACCCACUUGUGGACUGAAGCUAUGAUCCAAAUGGUGCUUCAUCUCCUUUCUUUAGGGUUACUAGAAGAGAAGCAGCAGCUACAGAAGUCUCCGGAAGAAGAAGUAACCUUUGAUUUUUAUCACAAAGCGUCAAGAAUGGGAAGCUCAGCUUUGAAUGCUGUAAACAUAUUAAUGCUUCUGGAAAAAUUAAAGAGAAUUCCUCAAUUAGAGGCACAGAAGGACAUGAUCAACUGGAUACUGCAGAUGUUUGACACAGUGAAGAGAAUGAGAGAAAAAUCUAGUUUGACAACAGUAGCAGCUACAUCAGUCUCAGAAGCUACAAAAGGUGAUGAGACACAGAGCACUCAGGAUAAAGAGAAAGCUGAGAGGAAGAGAAAGGCAGAAGCAGCUAGGCUACAUCGUCAGAAGAUAAUGGCUCAGAUGUCUGCUCUGCAGAGGAAUUUCAUUGAAACCCAUAAACUCCUUUAUGAAAACACAUUGGAAGCACAAGGGAAAGAAGAUGCUAUUAUGGAGGAAGAAAGCAUGUCUUCAAUUGAUUACUCCCGAAUUGCUUUGGGUCCCAAACGAGGUCCAUCUGUUGUUGAGAAAGAAGUUCUGACAUGUAUUCUUUGUCAGGAGGAGCAGGAAGUAAAGCUGGAAAGUGCUGCUAUGGUAUUAUCUGCCUGUGUCCAGAAAUCAACUGCCUUAACUCAGAAUAGAAGCAGAAUUCUUGAACUCUCAGGGGAUACACUAGAUCCUCUCUUCAUGCAUCCUGAUUUACCAUGUGGAACCCAUACAGGAAGCUGUGGCCAUGUGAUGCAUGCAGCCUGCUGGCAGAAGUACUUUGAAGCCAUGCAGCUGAACUUUCGACAACGUCUGCAUGUUGAACAGAUAUUUGACUUGGAGAAUGGAGAGUAUCUUUGCCCACUUUGCAAAUCUCUGUGCAAUACCGUGAUUCCUAUUGUUCCAUUGCAGGCUCAAAAAAUAAACAGUGAGGAUGCAGAGGCAGUAGCUCAAAUUCUGUCCCUAGCUAGGUGGCUGGAAAUUAUCCUAGUCAGGAUAUCGGGCUACAGUGUGAAAAACGCAAAAGGAGAAAAACAAAAUGCUCCGGCUUUCGUCAAGAAGGGAUUGGGAAACUCUGCUUUAGAAUUCAAUUCUAUCCUUAGUUUUGGAGUUCAGUCCUCAGCCAAAUACUCAAGCAGUAUCAAGGAGAUGCUUAUUCUGUUUGCAACCACCAUUUAUAGAGUUGGACUAAAAGUUGCUCCAAACGAAGCCGAUUAUCGAAUCCCUAUGAUGACCUGGAGCACAUGUGCUUUUACCAUCCAGUGUAUAGAAAACCUCUUGGAAACAGAAGGCAAGCCUUUAUUUGGAUCUCUACAAAAUAGACAGCACAGUGGCCUUAAAGCAUUAGUGCAGUUUGCAGCUGCUCAGAGAACAACGUCACCACAAGUCCUGAUUCAAAAACAUCUGAUUCGUCUUCUAGGAGUUCUUCUACCAAACUUCAAAAUGGAAGAGACUCCAUCCCUCUUAGAAGUAGAUAUGUUCCACGUUUUGGUGGGAACUGUGUUAUCGUUUCCAUCUUUAUACUGGGAGGAUGCUGUAGACUUGCAACCUUCAUCAAUUAGUUCAGCCUAUAACCACCUCUACCUCUUCCAUCUGACUACACUAGCACACAUAACACAAAUUGUUAUCUCUUCAGCAAAAGAAUCCCCUACAGCUCAAUCACAUGACAACAGUGAAGAGGCAUGUUCUGCUCAGUCUUUCUGUAGAGAGGUUUGCCAGUACACUAGUGGUUGCUUUAGUCAGGAUAUUCCAGGCUGGCUUGUAUGGGAUUGUGUUAAAAAAGGCAUCAUGCCUUACCUUCGUUGCGCUGCUUUAUUUUUUCAUUAUUUGCUGGGAGUGUCUCCACCUGAGGAGCUACAACAAGUUUCUGAAGAAGGGCAGUUCAAGGCACUUUGUAGUUACCUUUCUCUACCCACCAAUUUAUUUCUGCUCUUCCAGGAAUACUGGGACACUGUAAAUCCACUGCUUCAAAGGUGGUGUGCUGACCCAGUGGUGCUAAGUUGUUUGAAGGGGAAAAGCAUUGCAAUAAGAUAUCCUAGGAAAAGAAAUAGUUUAAUAGAGCUUCCUGAAGACUAUAGCUGCCUUCUGAAUCAAGCAUCUCAGUUUAGAUGCCCACGGUCUUCUGAUGAUGAACAAAAACAUCCAGUAUUAUGUUUGUUCUGUGGGGCUAUGUUGUGUUCCCAGAAUACUUGCUGUCAAGAACUUGUGAAUGGGGAGGAGUUGGGAGCCUGUACAUCUCAUGCUCUUCAAUGUGGAGCUGGUGUCUGUAUGUUUCUCAAAAUCAGGGAAUGCAAAGUUGUCCUCAUAGAAGGUAAAACCAGGGGUUGCUUAUAUCCUGCUCCCUACUUGGAUGAAUAUGGAGAAACAGAUCCAGGACUGAAAAGAGGCAAUCCCCUGCACCUAUGUCGGGAACGUUACCGGAAGCUCCAUCUGCUAUGGCAGCAACACUGUAUCAUAGAGGAGAUUGCCAGGAGCCAAGAAACAAACCAGAUCUUCUUUGGAUUCAAUUGGCAACUGCUUUGAGUCUCCUGAUUUUAGGGAAAUCUCUUACCUUUGGCAGUGCUUUGGAAAAGGAAAGGAGAGUGGCAGUAAAUAAUCUACUCUAAAGUGGAUACUGUAGUUCAGACACAACCUGUGGAUUCUCUAGGUUUGAUGUAGUACUGAUACAUUGAAACAGAAUUUCAUGUCAUAUGUCUUGCUCUUUUUUUCCCAAAAAAGGAAAGCCACCUUGUAUAAUUAUUAUUUGAACAUUCAGGUCCAGAAAUAUUUCCACUCUGACAAGUUGUAAUUGUUUCACAUAUUUUGAUGAGGACACCUUCCCAAAUCCUGUGCUUCAGGGCACACACAUUUUUUUCUUGCCUCAAGACUAUACUUAAAUGAUAUUGUUAAGGAAAAAGUUGCUUUACUUUCUUUGUGUUCUUUUUCCAAGCUUACUGGAACUUUUUAAUAGGUCAAGAUCUGUGGCAUAAUAUUGGGGUGGAAGGUGGUGCCAGGUCUGUAGUAGUCUGUAGCAACAGGUACAGCAAACAUGAAGUUGUGCAGAAAAAGUCUGCAUUCUGCUAUAUCCUGGGAUUUAAUGAAGAGUUUUCCUUAAUAAACUCUUUAAAGGAGAAGUGUGCAUAGAAAGUGCAUGGGGGAAUUACCAUCUUGCUUGUUGCAUCAAAAAAUAAAGUCUGUGCUUUUCGCAUUGCCAGAACUGCACUUUAUCUAAUGAAUUUGUCCUCUAUUAAUGUUGUAAAUCCGAAGAGGUUAGAGCUACGCUGUUUGGUUAGGUUGUGGUUAGUUUUACUACUUUUAGUUUGUCCCCUGAGGUUUUCCCUGAGAGCCAAACAGGAAAAUAUUGUUAGAUAGUUGUAGUAUAUCUCUGCAAGUUAUACAGGAGCCAGAGACUUCAACAGACUAAACAAUCUUCAAAGCUAUCGCUAGUCUAAAAUCAAGGCCCUAAACCAGCAAGUUUUAGAACUGGGAAUAAGUUUGUUUGUCCAUGUUUGGGGAAUUUACCACCUUUCAUACUCUGUCACAAUUGGAGUCCUAUCUGCAUAAAUGAAAAUGUGUUUUGGGGGUCAUGUUCAGUGGUUCAGUGCUAGUUAGAGCAGAAAAGAAAAAGAAGGUGGCUAAGUUGUCCCUUUUCCCUUUGGUAGUUAGUAAUACAUUGUGAUUGAACUCUCUCAAUGCUGUGUGAUUGUGUUUCAGUUCUAAAUGUUCGUUGUUCUGUUUUCUGAAUUUCGUUUUCUGAAUUUCAACUAUAAUAUACAUGAGGGAAUUUGUAAGGCAAUGAGUAUAAAUGCUUUCCCAGGAUAUCCCAUUUGUGUCAAAGCUUGAAGUUGUCAGUACUCUAAAUUUCCCCUCCCUUUGCUAUUUGGAUUUUUUUUGUGUCAUGUUAAUAAGGCUCACAAGGGGAGGUUUUCAAAUUGAUAUCUGAGAAUCUGUCUUUGUGAUUUUUUCUUACUGGGUAGACGAGAGUAGAAUCACAAAUAAUGAUUUGGAUAUAAAUAUAGCUGUUCUCCUUGUUUCUAAAGCUUUUAGAGUACGUGUGAGUGCACUGAACAGUACCAGAACUCAUCUGAAAAUGGGAAUACAGAUGGACUUGAACAUUGUUCUGAUUUCAAAUACUUGUUAAGAAAAACUUCCUCUAUAAUCCUUCCCUGGUGAUACAAAUAGUUGGCUUCGGUAUGUUUUCCAGGUUUUGUUUUGUUGCAGUUAGGACCAUUCUCCUUAUAUUGAUUUUUUUUUUUUUUUUUUUUUAAAACCUGAGUAUACAACUCUUUAAAGACAAACAUCAGUUCUGUACACAUAGUGAAUUUAGAAAAGCAGUUGUGAUGAAGACUUGCAUGCACUGGAGAUUUCUAAGGUCAUCAAAACACUUCUUACCAAGAAAAACGUUUUAAAACUAGAAAAUGUAUGUCUCAUUGAUACCAAAACUGUAUUCACUUUUUUCCCUCUAUUUACCUUUUCAUUUAUCAAAAACUUUCAGUUACCUUGCACUUCACUGAUACAAAAAUUCUGAUAUAUAUGUAGUGAGAUCACUCUUACUUUGAUUUCUGUCUGAACUAUAAUAUAUUUAUAAGGACACGAGCUGGUUUGAUCAGGUGAGCUCCUGUUUAAAGCUCUAGAAAUAUCUUUAUAUCUGAAGAAGUGAGAGAAGAAGGGACAAAGUUGCAUUUCUCUGUAUGUUUGCACAUACUAAUGAGCAAAUGUGCUCCCGUACCAUUCACUGACUAGUGUGGUCAUCUUUCAUUUCAUAAAUUACUAUGCAGUUUUGUUCACUGUGAGUAUAAUCUGUAUUUAGUGAUCGCAAGAUGCUUACGCCACUGAUUUCCGUUCCAUCCAAGCUGACAGAAGAAAUUUGAUAAUGCACAUACUGGUAUCUUUAAUUGCAAAAAUGUAAAUUUGAAACUUGUAUAAUGUUCUUGUGCUUUUGAAAUAAAAUAUCUUGUAUAUGUAUAUUUAAAAAAGGAAAUAAAGUAACUUCUCUUAGAUUAUUCAAUUUUUAUUUGGAGGCACUUUGACACUUCACAGCUUAUCUAACAGGAGCGUUAUAUCAGGGUCUGUCAGCAUGGAAAAAGGGAAGAGUUAAUAAAUGACUAGGAAAACCAUACGAGUUAUCGCUGUAGUCCAUAUCAUCAUUGUACCAGUGAGUACUGGUGGCAUGAUUUUUCUUAUUUAAAUAAAUAUUCCACUUGAAACUUGUCCUAGUAUUUCAAAGAUGCAGCCUCCUGCAGUGUCUAUCUCUGUUUUUCAAAGAAGUCUUAAGUAUGUAAUGCAAUAUUCAGAUGUCCUUUUACUGAUUAGUUAGUGAUUCUGGUUUCAUAGCUUCUCAAAGAAGAACUUGCUGUAUAGUCUGGCAGAUACUUAACCUCUUGAAAGUAGAAUUUUGUAUUUUGUCUAAUGUUCUGUGUGAUACAUAUGGAGGAAAAACUUUUAGUCCAGUGCUACACAGACAGACAAAAUCUUAUAUACAAAAAGGUAAGAAGUACUGGCUAAUUCUGUAUUUUAGAAGCUGCUGGCUGGCAUCGCUUUUGUUGUAGCUUCAGGCACCACUAAGCUUGCAGUGUUUGAGUGUUAAUAGUGUUGCUCUCUGUGCAUAUUCUUAAUUUUUAGGAACUAACUCCUGAAAAGCUCAAAGGUAGGUAGAUUAAAGUCUACUAGCAAAAGUGUUCUGAAAAACAUUAGAACAAGAAGCCCAUUAGUUAUGGGAAAAAAAAAAGGAAAAAAGCCACAGCACCAUUUCCUCUAAGAGAUUCUUAGAGAAUUAAGAGAACUAUUAAAAUUAUAUGUAGGAAGAUUUUGGCCAUUGUGCGCUUUCAUCAGAGAUGAAAGUUGUUUUGUUUCUGUGGCACAAUCUUAAUAAACUUAAUAAAUUAAUUUUUAUUCGUGUUUUGCAGGCAGAGCCUAAGUUUUUUUUUUGAUGCAGAAAACAAAUGGACAACAAUGAAAAUGGACUCCUAUAUAAGUCUCUCAAAUCCAGUCAUUUCUAGUCCUAGCUACAUAAUCUCUAAGCUCAUAUUGUAUUGUUGAAAGUGUAGAUUAAAGAGGAGCUGUCACGGAAUGUUGCAAGAGAGGGCAAGUGGAAACUUAGAGGGAUUAUAUGCAUUGUUUAUUGCAGUGGUGAGUAAGAGGAGAGGCCAGGUAUAAAGUUAAAUUGAAAUAUCAAAAGUUGAGUUUACUGUUUUUUAUAUGAUUUGCUCUUGAGUAUAGUGCCAAGAAAAACAAGACUAUAGUUUGUGUAAUUUAACUACAGGUUGUCAAACAACUUAGAAUCUAUCAGACUUCAGAGGUGUCUGGGAUUCAUGUUUGAAUGAAUGAGCCUGCAUAACACAUUUUGAAGUAGGUACUGGGGCUGUGGAUUUGAUGAAUAUUUCAAGUCCUUGGUUUAUUUGUGAGGAGCUGUGGCUGGGCUUUUUCAGCAAACUACAGAAUAUAACGUCUCCAUGCUCAUAAAAAUACCUGAAAUGCAGUAGUAGCCUCUUUAGGUACGGGUAUUGAGACAGUCUACUGCUUGGAGAAAGACCAUCCCAAUCCACCUUAACUUCUGCUUGGAGGUUUUGCUGAGUAUACUGUGUCAGCUUGAGAAAUCCAUCAUAGAUGAUUUAAAAAAAAAAAAAGACUCCAAACUUCUUUCAUCCACUUUUUCUUUCUGUGAGUCAUGCUUUUACUAAAAGUUGCAAAACCUAAGUAUUUCUGUCUUGUGAUACUGAAAAAUGAUCUAGGAGUAUUUAUUUUCCCUAUUCAGACUUACACAGAACUUCCCUGGGCAGUUGGAUUUACCCAGACAGACUGUGCACAACAGUGUGACUCCAGGCAGUCUACCUCUGUUACUUGGCAUGCAGGAGCAGAGCAGGACAAGAGCAUCCAUUUAAGUGAUAGUCUCUUCAUAGCAAAUAAGGACUCUACAUAGGUUACAUGAGCUUCAUGCCUCUAUGAUUCUUUUCUAAACUACAGACUACCCUAUGCAGAGUCUAAACUGUUGCCAUAGCGGGAAACUGAUAGCAGGAAAUGUGUACCAAAUGAUUUGUCAGAGUUUAAAUAUCAUGAGUUGUGUUGUAGACAACAGUAUGAUCCAUAUACCAGUUAAAAAAUCAUUUUGCAGAAGGGAGGAUUCCAGCUUCUAAGGAAAUGUACUGUUUUUUUCAUUUAUUUUGAUACAAAUGAAAUUCUAAAUGUGCUGCAUUCCUAUAUUAAUCAUAUUUUUUAUGAUCAAUGUAAAGCAAGUGUCUUCACUGAUAAUCAAAGCUUUAAGGGAGCAUCUUAACUGCAAAUUUCUACAGGAACUGUCAUAGUGUCUUCACCGGAAACUGAACAUAUUUCUUAUGAAGAAAUUCAUAAAGAAGAUCGUUUUAUAUAGAGGUGAGUUCCUUGCUCUGGAAAUGGCUGGAGCUUGUUGCACAAAUGAAUUGUGAUUAUUUCUGACUGGAAUAAGCAUUAAUAACAAAUAGGAUGUGUCCCACAAAUCGUAUUUAUUUCUGUAUCUGAGCAGAUGCCUCGGCUUACAGGCUUUGCUUGCUAAUGCCAUCUUUGUCUUUGUCUUUAAUUCUCUGCAGCUUAUAGAGUCUGUGCUGCUACCUGAGUUUGUUUUCUGGAUACAGUUGCUGUAAUGUUAAACACUCCAGGAAACCCAAAUGAUUGUGACAGGUGCUAUAAAGCAAGUUAGAGAUUUAGCAUGCACUUUCGCUGAGGAAACUGAUACAUACAAGGCAAAGAAGAAAGCAUUUAUUUUAGCACUUAUAUUAAAGUAACAAUAAUCAGUCAAUAUUGCUGAGAUUUUCAAAUUGAUAGAUUUAAUUUGUCCUCAGUACUGUGAAAUGAGCUGUCAUCCUUUCAUAAUAUAUCUAUGUCCAUGGACUCUAAAUGCCUAUGCAGCAUAGAAAUGAGCAAUCUAAUGUCGAAGUAAUUACUAGUAAUAAUCAAGACAGCAACUGUUCCCUGUGAAAUAUAUCCUGAUACUCAGUUAAUUCCAUAAAUUUUCACACAGCCAGUCAUUUCAUUAGCUUUUGCAGUUGUCUGAGAGAGAAAGGUUAAUGUAGCAAAUAUUACUUAGUUUGUUAUAGUAAAAUGUGUCCUCUUCAUAUGAAAGUAAAUGAAGUGUGUGGACCAGGGGAGAUGUGUAGCCAGGUAUUUAUUCCACUGCUGUUCUUGCUAAUGUGUUACAGCACUUGCUGCAUUAAAUUUCUGUGUUAUUUUAUAGAGAUACUCAGUUUGGAUAAUCAUUUCAAUUCCCUCUUCUUAUGAAUCUAUUUUUCAGAGCAGGUUCUUGACAAAUAGGGACCUCCACUAGAGAGUUAUCAAAAGAGUAAGCUCACAGCUGUUAUAAUUCUGCAAGCUAAAUAGAUAAUCUAGAGAGAUUUUAAAUGGCACAGGAUGUCGAGUUUCAUCUGCUUCUACAGGUAAAUGUGUUUUGCCAUCAGGAAAAUUUUCCUAAAAUACAAAGUAUUAUCUAAAAACAUCAUGCUUUUAUUUCCUGUCUUAAAACUAUUUUCAUCAAGCUGAACCAUUUCUCACUUUAUUUUUAAAGCAUUUUAUUUUUUUAUUCCUACCUAGUCUUCUUGAUUCAAUUUUUCCUAAAGAAAACAAAUCUCAUUUGUUUUCCUUUUUUCUUCUCUGAGCUACUUCUGAUUAUCUUACACCAUUUGUUUAUUAAGCAGUCUAGAGCUGUUUUUCCAAAUGUAGAUGGACUGAAAUCGUACUAAGGAAAUGACUGCUAUUGACUGAAGCAUGUGGCACUUUGCUGAUCUGAAAAAAAAAAUAAAUGCAUUUUUAUCGUCUUCCAUUGAAAAGUCUGUCUAAUUUGCAGUCUGUCUAAUAUGACUGCCUUUUCUUGUGGUCCCUCAAAGUACUGAAAUUUUCUAUGUUCAUUCUUUUCCAGUAUUGUAUCAGUUAAUGUUAGUGCUUCUAGUAAGGCUCAGGAAACUGUUGUGCUCAGUGUUCUGCAGCAACAGGAGACCACACCUGCUUCCUUUUGGAUUGCAUUUCCCAGAUCCACUGACAUUGAUUUUCUUUCAUGGUCUAGAAAGAAACAGGAGUUCUAAAAAGAACAUGAGACAAAGAAUGUUCUUUUUAGAACAUGAGACAAAUAGGUUUCUCUUAGUUGAAUGAGAAAUAAAAGACAGAAAAACAAACAAACAAAAAAACCCACAAUAAUCUUACAAUAUAGCUCUUUGAAAUUUUGCUAUUAUCACAUUGAAGGAUAGGAAGGAAAGAAGGAAAGAAAGGGAGUCGGGAUCGAGCCUAAGGACAUUAGGUAGACUUAGAAACAACACAACAUACUGGUGCGGAAAUAUUUUUGGCUCUCGGAAAUAGUUGAAGGAGUCAUACACCAGCUUAUGCAAAAACUGACAUCUCACAAUAGGGCUUUAUACUAGUAUCAAAAUUCUCUUAACGUUUUCACAGAACUGUCCAUAAAAAUACUAUCUCAGUGCUCAAACAGUCAAAAAAAAAAAGUAAGAAAUAAUGGGAAAUAUUAGGAAAA